AGGUCCCGAGGGCUUGGAGAAAAGGAAGCUUCCAGGCUGUUUCUCCCCCACUCCAAAGCUUGUCCAAGAUCCUAACCAUUGGCCCAGGAACUAAGUCAUGCGGAGCCCAGAAUAGCUCCUAUUGAAUGCCUAGCCAGCUCAGACACAGAGCUUGGGACAUGGGGACCCUCUGUCUCCUUCCGUCUAGGUUUCCCUCCUUCUUUCUCUCUCUAUGCCUUUGGCCUCUUCCUCUCCUCCCCCCUAUCCUUCCUCUUCCCACAUGCUCAUGAGCUGGUCCCCAGAAGAGUGUGGGGGGCAGGGAGAGCCCCCAGGUGACAGACACACCCUCUGUGCCAGGCUGGUGGAGAAGCCCAGCAGAGGGGCUGAGGAGGACCCUGAGGCUGGCCCGGGACCCAUCGUCACCCGCACAGCCUCGGGACCUGCCCUUACCUUCUGGCAGGCAGUGCUGGCCGGGGAUGCGGGCUCUGUCUCCCGCAUCCUGGCAGACUCCAGUACUGGUCUGGCUCCUGAUUCUGUCUUUGAUACCAGCGACCCUGAGCGAUGGAGGGAUUUCCGCUUCAACAUCCGCGCUCUGAGACUCUGGUCUCUGACAUACGAAGAGGAGCUGACCACCCCACUGCAUGUGGCGGCCAGCCGUGGCCAUACAGAAGUUCUGCGGCUCUUACUGAGGCGGAGGGCAAGGCCAGACAGUGCCCCUGGGGGCCGCACUGCUCUGCACGAGGCCUGUGUGGGGGGCCACACGGCCUGCGUCCAUGUGCUGCUGGUGGCAGGAGCAGACCCCAACAUCCCGGACCAGGAUGGGAAACGGCCCUUGCAUCUCUGCCAGGGGCCUGGCACCCUUGAGUGUGCAGAGCUGCUCCUGCGGUUUGGGGCAAGUGUGAAUGGUCAGUCCGAGGAAGAAAAGGAGACUCCUUUGCAUGUGGCCGCCCGGCUUGGCCAUGUGGAGCUGGCAGACCUGCUUCUAAGACGUGGGGCAUGCCCUGAUGCUCGUGAUUCAGAAGGCUGGACUCCACUGCUGGCUGCCUGUGAUACCCGCUGCCAGUCUCCCGCAGAUGCUGAGGCUACCACCACCCGCUGCCUCCAGCUGUGCCGCUUGCUGCUCAAGGCUGGAGCAGAUGCUGAUGCUGCUGACCGGGACAAGAGGCGGCCCCUACACCUGGCCUGUCGUCGUGGCCAUGCUGCUGUGGUGGAGCUGCUCCUGUCCUGUGGUGUCAGUGUCAAUGCCAUGGACUAUGGUGGACACACAGCCCUGCAUUGUGCUCUACAGGGCCCAGCUACAGCCCUGGCCCAGAGUCCCGAGAAUGUGGUGAGGGCUCUGCUCAACCACGGAGCUGUCCGCGUCUGGCCAGGGGCCCUCCCUAAGGUGCUAGAGCGCUGGUGCACGUCCCCACGGACCAUCGAGGUCCUGAUGAACACCUACAGUGGCAUGCGACUUCCUGAGGAGGCUAUGGGCCUGGUACCACCUGAAACUCUGCAGAACCAUCAGCGUUUCUACUCUUCCCUCUUCGCCUUGGUGAGACAGCCCAGAUCACUGCAGCAUCUGAGCCGCUGUGUCCUCCGCUCCCACCUGGCAAGCUGCCUGCCCCACGCCCUGCCCCUCCUGCCCCUGCCACCCCGGCUCCUUCGCUACCUGCAGCUUGAUUUUGAGGAUGUGCUCUACUAGCUGUCCACUGCCUUUUGAGAGAGCUUAAAAGUGGAUGCCUCAUCC